CACAGGUCCAUUAGCAUGAUAGGUACUAGAUGCUCCCUAGCAUGGGUUGGUGAGUUUGAUGUGUGUCUGGCCAAUGUCAUUGGGUGAGGUAAUGGCACAGCUAAAGCUGGUGUAUGGCUAAGGAUAACCUGAGACGUGCAUUCAUUUGAAGGUUUGCUUACUUCAGACAUCAUGUGGCCAAUGCUCUUUGCAGCGGCAAGGACCUAUGCUCCUUACAUAACAUUUCCAGUGGCAUUAGUAGUGGGAGCAGUGGGAUACCAGGUGGAAAAAGCAAUUCGUGGAACUCCGCCUCUGGCUGUGGAAGAAAAGAGCAUUCUUGAGCAAAGAGAGGAGAGAACCCUGCAAGAGGCAUCAGGGAAGGACCUUACCCAAGUUGUUAGUCUAAAAGAAAAGAUUGAAUUUACUCCUAAAGCUGUCCUCAACCGAAACCGAAAGGAGAAGAGUUGAGAGAUUAACUGUCUGUUUCCCUGGUCCCUGUAGAAAUCUAUUAAUGCUAAGUAUGGGGGAACAUAUGCCACAAUGCCUCUCAGCAUCAUCAUUUUCCUGUGUUGUAAAUUCACAUCUCAGAACAGACCUGAUCAAAUGUGCUCAGACUAGUUCUUCAAGUCCUGAGGAACUGUCUCAAGAAUGAUAGAUUAACACAUUAUAUUACUGGAAAGGGAAACAUGCUUUUCUGAGUUGCACAAGUACAAAUGUUUCUCUGUUUGCACAUAUUGAAUCCAUAUUAAAAUGUGAGAGAGAUUCCUUUUCCAAAGUUUUCCCUAAUUUCUUAUCCAUGACCCAGCAACAAGUUACCAUUCUAUGUUUCUUGGAUGGCCAGUCAUUUUUAAUUUCUAGUAAUUUGUUCAUGGUCUUGUAAUUAAAUGUUAAUAUGAAUGAUA